AUGCCAUCAGGAACAGGCGUCGUCGACGCGUUUAAGAACCUCAUCAGACAUGGAAAGAAUCAUCACGCCGCCCGUCAGCAGGACGAUUCCUCUCAUGCCCAGUACCAACCACAGCAGCAAGCAGCACAACCUCAACUUCAGCCCACAGCUCAGCAGCGACAGCGCGAAGCAAAAUCGCAGCAACAGCCCCAGCCUGCACAGCCUCAAGAGCCCGCUCAAAAGAAUUCGAGCAAAUUCAAGGAGCACGUCGAGAGCAUCGUCCAGGAGGAGCGCGAGGCGAAGGGCAAGAUGCCCAUUUACAAGGGUCUCGAGAAUUACAAGCUGCUCGAUAAGAUGGGAGACGGCGCUUUUUCAAACGUGUACAAGGCCAUCGACAUCCGGACUGGACAGAAGGUUGCCGUUAAGGUUGUGCGCAAGUAUGAGCUGAGUGCAUCACAGGCUGGCGACAAGCACCUCAACCGCGAGUUCAAAAAGAAGCCGCGGGUGACAGAGCGUGCAAAUAUCCUCAAAGAGGUACAAAUUAUGCGUGGGACCAGUCACCCGUCAAUAGUGAAGCUGUAUGCAUUCUUUGAGUCGCCGGAGCACUAUUUCCUCGUCCUUGAGUUACUAGAGGGCGGAGAGCUCUUCCACCAGAUCGUCAAGCUAACGUACUUCAGCGAGAACUUGGCACGACACGUCAUUCUGCAAGUAGCGCAGGGUAUUCGGUAUCUACAUGAAGAGCGAGGAGUUGUACACCGUGACAUCAAGCCAGAGAACCUGCUAUUUGAGCCAAUCUCGAUUGUGCCCAGUGCAAAUCUGCCGCCGAAGCAUUUCGAAGAGGAUAAAGAGGACGAGGGCGAGUUUAUACCCGGUGUUGGCGGAGGCGGAAUUGGUCGCGUCAAGAUCGCCGAUUUUGGCCUGAGCAAGGUCGUGUGGGAUGAACAGACGAUGACGCCAUGCGGAACGGUUGGAUAUACUGCACCGGAGAUCGUCAAGGAUGAGCGAUACAGCAAGAGUGUGGACAUGUGGGCGCUCGGAUGCGUGCUGUACACGCUAUUAUGUGGCUUCCCCCCGUUCUACGACGAGAGCAUAAAUGUGCUCACGGAAAAGGUGGCGAGAGGCUACUACACGUUCCUAAGCCCAUGGUGGGAUGCCAUCAGCGAUUCAGCGAAGGAUUUAAUCACACACCUACUAUGUGUCGAUCCUGCACAACGGUAUACAAUUGAUGAGUUCCUGGCCCACCCAUGGUGUAAUGCGGCGCCCGCCCCGCCUCCGCCGCCAACCCCCCUGGCUGUUCCUCUCGACUCGCCAUUACUCGCAAGCGUCCGCGGCGGCGUUCCUGCGACUGCCCGUUCACCUGGACUCGCAUCCCUCAAAGAGGCGUUCGACAUUACAUACGCGGUCCACCGGAUGGAGGAGGAAGGCGCACGACGGCGCGCUGCAAAAGGAGGCGCAAACCGCGGCUUCCUUGGUCACCUCAACGAGAGCGACGAGGAGGAGGACGACGAGCCGCCGACAGUGAUGGCGCGUGGACGGCAGUUGUACCCCGGGAACGCACCACAAGCAGCCACUGCCGCUUCAGGCGCGGGUGCGAAGGCCGCGGCGCGGCGCGCGAUACAGGACAACUAUGACGGGCGGGCCGGACAGAGAGACCGGGGGAAAAGAGGACACCAUGCAUUCGAGCUUGACCUGGAAAAUGCGACAUUGCUGGGAAGGAGGCACAGGCGGGGCGUGAAUGCGGGCGCGGACGUGAGCAGUCCACUGUCGAGGGUCGUGCAGCAGCCGAAGGAGAUUGUUGACGUCCCCGGGAGCCCGAUGAGGCUCGACUAGAGGCUUGUGUUCCAUCCCGAUGUGUGGAGUUCCUCGCCUGUUCGGCACCCUGCCGUUAGGAUGCUGUUCAUGUCUGUCCUCGUCCGCCCGUCUUCCCUGUCCGCACCGCAUACGUGCAGGAUCAUCCUUCAUCGUUGACCAUCGCAUCCUCAUGGAUCAUUUUCGACGAAUCACGUAUCGUAUUCACCAGCAUCUUAUUCGUCGCCAUGCUGUCCUCUCAGUCACACACGCCCGAGGCGAAACCCCCGCUGUAAUCCUUGCCAUUCCAUGCACAUAUUCAUCUGUCGCCAUGAUAGAUCAUCGUUGUUCCUGUACGACGCCGUUAUUUCUUUCCUUC